GAAGGGGACUUCAUCCUGGUCGAGUACGUUGGGUACGCUAACGUGUGGCACGAGCGUUUGGUGGUGCUCGCGCCCGACGGCUCGAGCCUGGCGUGCACCCUCACGCCGGACGACGACAGCUACGAGGAGGACCUCUUCGCCGCCGCUGAAGUGCGACGCUGGCUGCCGUGCGAGGGCGGACGCAUGGGCGCGUACCCUCCAGCGGCUGCUGGGAUGCACGUGCACGGCUUCAGGGGCGUCCCCGCGCCCGCGCGGGUCGCGCAGGUGCUGGCCGCGGGAGCUGCAAGGAUGGGAGUCGCCCUCGGCGCUGAGGACACGGUGGUGCCCAACCUGGUCGGCGCGGCAGGCGGUGCCCGCCCUCGGCCUGGCGCCGCUGGCAUCGCGCCGGCCGGAGGCGCAGCGGCAGCGGCGCUCGCCGCUGGUGGCGCGGGGCCGCCCGCUGGAUUGCUGGUGGCCGCCCCCCCCGCGGCGCCCGCCGCCGGGCUCGGGGGACCCGCCGUGGCGGCUGGGGUGGCUGGCCUGGCCGCCGCGCUCGCGGACGGCCCAGCGGCGCCCGGGGCAGGCGCCCCGGCGCUGGCAGGCCCCCCGCCGCCGCUGGUAGCGGCGCCCGCGGCUGCAGGACCAGCUGCCGCCGAAGGCGGCCGUGGGGCCGCGGCGGCGGCGGCCGCGCCCCUGGAUGCUCGCAUCCAGCCCGUCACGUACGACCCGCAGGGCCAGCGGCACGCGGACUACCGCAGCGCCGUCAUGGGCAUGACCGAGGGGGCUUUCCCCGAUUGGCCAGUCAGGGGGCCGCGGACGGCGCUGUGGGUCCUCAAGUUCAUGGAGGCUCACGGCGGCACUCCCACGGGCCGCCACUCGCGCUGGCUCUCGGAGACGCGCUUGCAGGGCACCGAGCCUGGCGUCGACGAGCACGAGCGGGCGUGCAGGACCCUCGAGCGCAUGGUGAUCUACGACCAGCUGAAUGUGGCGAAUCUCGCCUCGGGCGAGAUGCUGGCCAGGUCGGUGCAGCUCCAGGAGGAGCGCUACAGGGACCGCGUCGCCCCGGCAGCCGACUCCGGCAGCCUCGACGCACACGUGCUGCUCGGUACUGACCAGCUGCGGGGGAACGCGUGCGUCGCGCCGAUGCUGCAGGACCACAUCAAGGACGAACUCACGAAGAUGAAUUCCUACAGGAAGGAGCAGCGCAAAGCCAGAGAGGAGCGCGACUUGGCCCGCAAGAAGAAGGGGACCAAGGGCGACAAGGGCUCUGGCAAGGACUGGGCCGACGACGCCAUCGACGUCAUGAACGCUGCGUGUGCCCCCGAGGCCCAGCCGUCAGCCCUCGGAGUUUCUGAAGGCCAGCGGGCGUCUCUCGCGCACAUCCAGCCCACCUUCGCCUGCCUCGAGCCGCUGGCUGAGGGCGAGGGCUUUCCCGAAGGAGCGCUUUCGGAUCUUCUCUCUGGCUCCCCGCUGUAUGCCACGGGGGGGCCUCGCCGACCCUACUCGCGGGACUUGAUCUCGUGGCCCGACGUCGGCGACGACCCCGUGCCUCUCACCAAGGUCGUUGCUGGCCCGGACGCUCAGUGGCUUAGGGCAUGGAGCUCGAGCAUGCUGCGUGGUCGCGAGGAGGCGGACGCCCUCCUGCAGCAGGUAUGCCCUCGCGGGCCGCAUGUCGACCCCAACCUUGCCUUCUCUCCGGCGACGUUCGCCGACUUCCUUGCUGAGAUGUUGAAGCGGAAGAUGAUUUGCUUCCAGGCGGAGGACCCUCGUAUCAAGCCGAUUGGGGUCUUCUGCGUGGCAAAGAAGAGCAACCGUCUGAGGCUGAUCUUUGAUACUCGUACUGCGAAUGCGUACUUCACGGGCCCCCCAGCCACCGCGCUGCCGAGUGCUGCCGCCUUCUCGAACCUGGAGGCGCCAGGUGGCAAGGUGGUCGUCGCGGCAGGAGACAUCGACAAUGCCUUCUACCGGCUGCUGAUGCCCGAGGGCUUGUGCAGCUAUUUCAGGCUUCCGCCGAUCGACAGGCGGCACCUGGAGGCCCGCGGUAUCACGGGACUCCCCGAUGCCGCCAGGGUGCAG